ACAAGAAUGGUCAUUCAAUUCAGGCCGACGAUAAAGCAGGGGCAGUUUCGACUUGGAAGUUGGUUAAAUAUUAAAAUGGGAAAGAAACCUUCAAAUUUGGUUAUUGAAUUGGGAAGAUGCAGCAAUAUUGGCUCCGUCUCAGCAAAAGCGCCCCUUUUGUUCUCACCUCUUUCCCUCCACUCCUUUCUCUCUCAUCUCCGUCCAUUCCAGCAUUUUGCGAAAGCUUCAUAACAAAACCAACCUCACCUUCACCCCCCCCCAAAAAAAAAAAAAAAAAAAAACAACCUCACCUUCCCCCUCUUCCCUCUCUUUCCACCACCCAUUCCCAUUUAUUGUGUAACCGUUUCUCUGCUCCAUUUAUUCCUCCUCCUUCCCUUUCUUUUCCCCUUUAUUACUCCUCUUGUUUCUUCUCAAAUCUUCUUUGCUUCCAUUUCGCGUCCCUACCCGUACUAUGUCUUCUCCUUUGUUCGGAUUCUUUCAAUUCUAUCCUGCGUCUCUAUUCCAGUUUUCCAGCUUAAAGAUCUGAUUGUCUACUCUCCGGGACUAAUAUGGGAAGCAAGUGGAGAAAGGUGAAGCUUGCUCUUGGUAUGAAUAUGUGUGUUUAUGUUCCAAGAGCUUUAGAUGAUUCCUCUUCUUCCCUCAGCUCCGCCGCCAGACUUUCUGAUGCUCACUCCCGCUCCAGUGUUUCGCCGGCCGAUCAUAGCUCCGGUUACCGCCCAAUGACCCCAACGCCGUCUUCCUCCGGUCUCCGACUUCCCAGAAACGGAGCCAAAUCUCCCAAGGGCACAUGCGCAAUAUGCCUGACCGCCAUGAAACCAGGGCUGGGGCACGCCAUUUUUACUGCAGAAUGUUCUCACUCUUUCCACUUCCAUUGCAUUACAUCUAAUGUAAAACACGGGAACCGUAUCUGUCCUGUCUGCAGAGCAAAAUGGAAUGAAGUUCCUUUUCAGGGUCCUGCUUCUAAUCUUCCUCAAGGAAUUUCUCGAACUGUCUUCCGCCGGCUUCCCUCCCCACAAGCUGGUGCUGGUCGUCAGAGUUCAUCUCUUUAUCAAGUUCCUGAACCUGCUAUCUUUAAUGAUGAUGAUGCUUUGGAUCAACAAACUUCAAUUACUCAUUAUAAAGACCGGGAUGAUUCGUUAGAUGCGAUGGAAAUCAGAACAUAUCCUGAAAUUUCAGCUGUUCCAAAGUCAAUUUCUCACGAUAAUUUUGCUGUAUUAAUCCAUGUCAAAGCUCCUCAUUCAGGGCGACGGCAAAAUAGUAGUGAAAACAAUGCGAAAACAUCACCUUCGGAUCAAAAUUCUCGUGCUCCAAUCGAUCUUGUCACAGUUCUUGAUAUAAGCGGUAGCAUGGCGGGCACUAAGCUUGCGUUGCUAAAACGAGCCAUGGGUUUUGUCAUACAGCAUCUGGGUCCGGCAGACCGACUUUCUGUCGUUGCCUUCUCCUCAACUGCCCGUCGCAUCUUUCCUCUCCGGCGGAUGACUGAUACUGGACGGCUGGAGGCAUUGCAGGCUGUUAAUUCUUUGGUACCAAAUGGCGGGACAAAUAUUGCUGAGGGCUUGAGGAAAGGUUUGAAGGUUUUUCUUGACCGUCAAUGGAAGAACCCCGUUGGUAGUAUCAUAUUACUAUCUGACGGGCAGGAUACAUACACUGUCAAAAGCAGCAGACCCCAUGCCGGAACAGAUUACCAGUCACUCGUCCCAAAUUCCAUUCAUCGCAAUAAUGGGGUUGGCUUGCAAAUACCCGUGCAUGCGUUUGGCUUUGGUGCUGACCACGAUGCUACUUCAAUGCACUCAAUUUCUGAGGUGUCAGGGGGUACAUCUUUCAUUGAAGCUGAGGAUGUCAUCCAGGAUGCAUUUGCACAGUGUAUUGGAGGACUCUUGAGUGUGCUGGUGCAGGAAUUGCAGGUAGAAAUAGCCUGUGUUCAUCCCCGACUGCAACUCAGCUCAGUAAAAGCAGGAAGCUACAGGACCAGCAUGAUGGCAAAUGCAAGAAUGGCUUCUAUCGAAGUAGGAGAUUUGUAUGCUGAUGAAGAAAGAGACUUUUUGGUGACAGUCAACAUUCCGGUUGAUGGGUCCAGUGAUGAGAUGUCAUUGCUGGUCGUUAAAAGUCUUUAUAGAGACCCAAUCACAAAAGAAAAGGUGGCUUUGAGAGACAGAAGUGAAGUAAAAAUCCAGAGACCUGAAACAGCUGGAGAGGCAACUAUCUCAAUAGAAGUAGACCGGCAACGAAACAGGCUUCUUGCUGCAGAGGCAAUGGCCGGUGCUAGAGUUGCAGCUGAGCGCGGUGAUUUGGCUGCUGCAGUUUCGAUCCUAGACGGCUGUCACAAGGCAUUGUCUGAGACAGUGUCUGCUCGAGCUGGCGACCGGCUAUGUGUUGCUCUUUCUGCUGAAUUGAAGGAGAUGCAAGAGAGGAUGGCGAACCAACGCGUGUACGAGCAGUCUGGAAGGGCCUAUGUUCUGUCAGGAUUGAGUUCACAUUCAUGGCAAAGGGCAACGGCGAGAGGUGAUUCCACCGAAAGUACCAGCCUCGUGCAAGCAUACCAAACACCGUCUAUGGUGGACAUGGUGACUCGUUCGCAAACGAUGCUUCUGGGGUCUCCACAAGCCCGACGGUCUUUGCGGCCCGCUAAAUCAUUUCCUGAACGGCACCGACGACAAUGAUGAUGCUGAAACUUCUUCUCAGCCAACGAGCUUCUAGGAGGACCUUCAAGUUUCUCCUUUUGUCGUUUUAAUUUUUGGGGCUUUUCUGGUGGUUUUGUCCUGGUAUUGGUGGAUAUAUUUGGGAAAAAAGAAAAAAGAAAAAAGUUACAGAUGGGCAGAGAUUCUACUUUGGUCGGUAUGAAUGGGUAGAAUAGGCGGGGAUAAUGGCCACGGGGCUUUGAGGAGAACGAAGGAGAACCCAAAAAAAAAAAGGGGGGUCAGGAAAUUCUGAGAGAUGUGCAUAAUAAUUGUUUUUCGCGGAGAUAUUCGUGGGAAUUUCUUCACUUUAUUGCAAUGGUAUAAAAUAGAUUCUCCCGAUUCAUUUCAUAA